AUGGAGGCGAUUCCCUCCACCUCAGGAGCAUCAGUACAUGAUAACCCAGAUCAAUCCCGCGGAGGUCAAGGUAGAAGACCGCGGCGUGGCAGAGGGCAGAGAGGGCAGGCUCGAGGUGGCGAGACUUCUUCGCUGAGCUUUCGCCCGGCCAGUGUUGCACCAGAACCUGUAGGCGAGACGACCCCAAAUCACACUGAUGGCCAAUCUCGACAGCGAGGACGCGGUGGGCGGGGUAGAGGAUCUUCACGGGGCAGAGCAGCGAGGCAAACGGAGAACCGGACAGUCAAUGGUCGAACAUUUGGCGGCCAGCUCACACGAGAAGAAACGAAUUCUUCGGAAUCAGCCUCAAAUCAACCCGGGCUGCAAGGCAAUGCUCCCGUAUUCGUGCCAGGCCAGCAGCACGUUCAGAAUGUCACGCAGACACAGCCAAAGGCCACAAAGCAGCCACGACUACCGAAACGACGCAUGUCGAAAUCGCAGGCUCCGGAUAUCGCCACUCGCACUCAUGAGGACAUCGAUAACGGCCAUUACGAAUGUGCUAUCUGCACAAACGAAGUCCGCCGUAACUCGAAAGUUUGGUCUUGCCACACAUGCUGGACUGUUUUCCACCUCACCUGCAUCAAGAAGUGGUCUUCAAAUGCUGGGGCAUCUAUGAAUCAGCAGACUCCACAGGAUGGAGAGACGCCUGCUAUGAGACAGUGGCGGUGUCCUGGUUGUAAUCUACCUAAAGAUGCCCUACCAUCUUCCUACACCUGCUGGUGCGAGAAGGAGACCGAGCCUCGCUCACUCGCUGGACUGCCUCCUCAUUCUUGCGGUCAGACUUGCAGCAAAGAGAGGGCUAGAAAGUGCCCACACCCAUGCCAGCUGACAUGCCAUGCUGGACCUUGCCCGCCCUGCACACACAUGGGACCUAGUCAAUCCUGCUAUUGCGGCAGACACACGACUACCAAGAGAUGCUCUGAAACGGACUACACUUCUGGAUUCAGCUGCGGUGAGAUCUGCGGUGCAGAGAUGCCUUGCGGCGAGCAUUAUUGCGCUCGCCCUUGCCAUGACGGUCCUUGCGGGGCUUGCGACGUGCGGAUACCGGCCCGGUGCUAUUGCGGAGGCGUAGAGAAAGACGUUCUUUGCAGCGAUCGAGGCCAACCAAAAGAGAGUCGAAAGACUCACAAAACGGACGAUGGCGAGCAUGUUGCAGAAGAUUGGAUGGGUGUCUUCGAUUGUAGCAAUCUCUGCGACCGUGCCUUUGACUGCGGAGUUCACCACUGCGAGAACGCAUGCCACCCACAAGACGCCCAGCCAGCGCAUUGCCCUCGCUCGGCUGAUGUUGUCACGCACUGCACUUGUGGCAAAACUUCACUCACCGAUCUAUCUGGAGAGCAUCGCCUUACUUGCGAAGACCCCAUUCCAAGCUGCGACAAGCCUUGCGAUAAAGUCCUUCCUUGUGGUCAUUCAUGCCCGGCAGUGUGCCAUUCAGGAGACUGCCCUGCAUGCCUGCAAACUGUUACCAUCACCUGCCGCUGCGGUCGAACCUCGCACAAGACCAUCUGUCACCAGGGCAAAGAUGAGCCGCCACAGUGCAUGCGCAUUUGCAGGACGAAUCUCAACUGUGCACGACAUAUGUGUGAGGAGCGUUGUUGCGAAGGCGAACGCAAAGCUGUCGAAAGGCAGUCGAGCAAGAAGAAACGCCGGCCAUUGAACUCUGCUCCACGAGCUACCGAAGACAACUUCGAGCCCGAGCACAUCUGCACGAGAGAAUGUGGACGAUUGCUGACAUGCGGUAACCACAACUGUACGGAACUGUGCCACAGAGGACCGUGUGGUACCUGCCGAGAGGCCAUCUUCGAAGAGAUCAGCUGCCACUGCGGCCGAACCAUAUUGCAACCUCCAUUGCCUUGUGGAACUUCACCACCGCCAUGCCGUCUUCCCUGCGAUCGACCGAAACCCUGUGGACACCCACAAACUUCACAUACCUGCCACCUCGACGACGACAACUGUCCAAGAUGCCCGUUCUUGGUCGAGAAGCGCUGCAUGUGCGGCAAGAAGACGUUGAAGAACCAACAAUGCUGGCUACGUGAUGUUGGUUGCGGGGAGGUUUGCGAGAAGAAGCUUUCGUGCGGGUUUCAUUACUGCCGCAAACCUUGCCACCGAAAUGGAGACUGCGAAGACGCCAACGGCCGCCAAUGCCAGCAGCCUUGUGGCAAAGAAAAGAAAGCGUGUGGCCAUCCUGAUGAGCAGCUCUGCCACGCACCUUUCCCCUGCAAAGAAGAAAAGCCAUGCCAAAACAUCAUGUUCAUCACUUGCGAGUGCCAAGCCCAGAAGCAAGAAGUCAAGUGCGGUGCAUCGAAGAACGGCGACGGAAACCUCAACAAGUCACUGCCCUGCAACGAAGAGUGCGCCCGUCUGGAGCGUAACCGCAAAUUGGCAUUGGCAUUGAACAUUGAUCAAACAAACCAUGUUGAAGGCGGGGACCAUAUUCCUUACUCUGCUGAAACCCUCAACCUGUUCUCCCAGCACAUGAAGUGGGCUCAGAAUCAAGAGCGGGAGUUCAGAGUGUUCGCCACGUCCGACGACGAGAAGCGUUUGAGGUUCAAGCCUAUGCAAGCUCAGCAGCGAGCGUUCAUUCACUCUUUGGCUGAAGACUUUGGACUGGAUUCUGACAGUGUUGACCCUGAACCUCAUCGACAUGUCAUGAUCUGGAAGACGCCUCGAUUUGUCAGUGCUCCAAACAAGACUUUAGCAGAUGCGUACAGGAUCAGACAACAGGCCCGGCUAUCAGCCAAUGCUAGCGCAAAUGUUUCAGAUACUGAAGGCGCCAAUCCCGUCAAAGCGAAGCCGAAGGUCUUCGAGCCCUUCAACAGCUUUCGCAUUACGAAACCUCGAUUCGGGCUCACGAUUGAUGAAGUCCGAUCAGAAGUGGAUAAUGUGCUACAUCCCAGCACACCCUUCACCCUUGACAUUGAAUUCCUUCCAAGCGAGGAUAUCAUUCUGAAGGCUGUAAGCCGUACACUUCCGCCGCCAGAUCUUGAACGUAUGCUUCAGAACCUCAAGAUGCCGCUGGCUACUGCCAUCGCCACCAAAGGCUAUGGUUCGACUCAGCUCUGCACGACCGACAGUUCGCUCAACAUCGCUCGCUACGAAUCUGAUGGAACUACCGGAGACGGAUGGUCCAAGGUUGCUGCGAAGAAGAAUGCGCCGAAGAUCUCGGUUCAGAACAGUGUCGGCUCGACAAACACAUUCGCCGCACUCACAUCAGGCAAGGUCACAUUUGCCAAGAAGCCGAAGGCUAAACCGAAACCUGAGGUUGUAGCGGAUGACUGGGAGGCCGCAGAGUUGGCAGAGGAAGAGAAGGAGAGGGGUGCCAGUGCUAGUGAGGACGACGGCGGUGUGCACACCGGUGCAGUGACCACUGACGACGAAAUGCCGUCUUCGAGGGAGGAUUUGGGCAACAACGAAGAGACAUCAGAGAGGAGAGACUGGGCAGCAGAGGUUGACCAGUCGAUUCCUAUCUCGUGA